CAAAAGGAGUGUUCUUUCUUUCAUAGGGUUGCUGCUGCUGCUGCUGCUGCUGCUUUUGAGGAGUGGAGUAGUUGAAGCAGUAGUAGUAGUAGUAACUGAUCUGAUGAUAUGGUGAGGAGCUAGUUGCAGCUGUUUGUUUUUGAGUAUUAUUGGAGUGUCAGGGAAGGGCAUGUGCCUGGCUGCUCUAGGAGGAGGCAGCCCUCCACUGGGCCUCACCUUCCUCACUGCCCUCCUCUUACUGUUCAACCCCAGGCUCAGCUCAGGUGGGGUUUUGGGAGAUAGUUAGGGGGAAAGGUUGCCAUCUUGUGUGUGUUGGAUCUUUGUAGAAUAUAACGAGAUAACGAUUCUCUCAGCGAAAGGAGGUGAGAUUCUUGAUUUCACAUCAGAUUGGAAGGUUUAAAUAGCGGGUGGUUGCGGUGAUGAAUGGGGCCAGCCUUGAUGGGGUUGAUGCUGUCGUCUUUUAGGUCAGGGAAGCAAGUGGGCUAGGAUCUUCCCAAGUCGAGCUGAUCUUGAAGUUCAUGCAUGGUGAUGCUGAUUGAGACCAAGAUUUGCAGCGAGAGGAAGAAUCCACUGUGUUCCUUUUCUGGCAGAAAGGAGACUUGAGAUUUGCAAUAUAUACAAAGCUUGAGCAGCAGUUCAAAUCCUUAAUUCGGUUAUGGCUUCUUUUGGGAUGAAUAACUGGAAUCAGAAGAGCCCCAUGUUCUGGGAUUGGGAAAAUCCAGCACUGUUUGGUCCGAACUCAAUGGAAAAUUCCAAGAUCGUACCUCACCCUGAAUCUAGAGGUGUGGUUGUCGGUGCUGCAAAUCAUGGAUCCACCAAUUCAUCAUCCGGUGGCAUGUUCACUUCCAGCUCGGAGCUAGCCAAUGGUUCAUCCAAGAGCUCCCUGUCGGCGUCGUUUGAUUCUUCAUCCAAGCUGGGGAAUAGCUUAGAGUUCAGGUUUGCUUCUGUCAAAGGGCAUGGCAAGAACACGAGCAAGGAUGGGGAGGCUGCUCGAGUUGAAGACUCAGGCACUUCUCCAGCCGUGGCAGUCAGCCAUGGCGAGCCGAUAAUAGGCCUGAAGUUAGGAAAGAGGACUUACUUCGAAAAUGUUUGUGGAGGGCAGAAUGUCAAGAGCUCUGCAGCUUCAGGUGCGACCUGUCCAUCUACUGUGGCCAAGAAGGCAAAGGCGUCUCAGCAGAACACACAAAGUUCAUACUGUCAAGUUGAAGGCUGCAAGGUUGAUCUGUCCACUGCGAGAGAAUACCAUCGGAAGCACAAAGUCUGUGAAGCUCAUUCUAAGGCUCCAAAGGUUACUGUUUCUGGUCUGGAGCGCCGUUUUUGCCAACAGUGUAGUCGGUUUCAUGGUUUAUCUGAAUUUGACCAGAAAAAGAAAAGCUGUCGCAGGCGUCUCUCUGAUCAUAAUGCACGAAGAAGGAAACCGCAACAAGAGACAAUUUCAUUUGGUUCAUCAAGGCUCGCCACAAUGUUCUAUGAUGCAAGGCAGCAGACAGAUAUCUACUUUGGCCAAUCUCCUUUUGGCCAAGUGAGAAGCAAUGCAAUUUCUUCAUGUGAUAACCUGGGAGGCUUCAAGUUUACAGAAGCAAAACUCCCCUGGAUGAAGCCAAUGAAAACUGUAGGCCUUGAGGAGCUACAUUUUUCUACACUGCAGAUGCCAAACAAUGUUGUGGCACAAACGGUGCAUCAUCACGAUUUUGAUGGGCUCAUUCCAUUCAAGGGAAACACCACGAAAGUCCUCAACAAAGGUGUGGAAACUUCUGCCGUCGUCUCCUCCAACUCGAAUGGAGCACCGGAUCUUCGGCGUGCUCUCUCUCUUCUGUCAAGCGAUUUCUGGGGUCCGGCCGACGUCCAGCCAAGCUCCCAGGUUCAUCCCGGCGGAGUGAUGCCGCCCCUCGCCACCGUCGCCGCCCCGACGAACCCUGCGAAUGUGAUGCACCAUGCUCUGCACCACCCAUCCCCGGGAGGAUUCUGGCAGGACGACGAGCCGCCGCCCCCGCUCGAUCAUGCCGCGCAGGUCCAGGCGUUCAUGCACCUCGGCAGCAGCAGCGACUCCGGCUAUGGCCACCUGCACUGAUGCUGCUGCGUCUCCUGGGGAUUUUAGCCUCUGCACCAUCUCAUUAAGUCUGAGAAAGAACAUCUGGUGAGGUGUUAAGACUGAAGAAUUCGCAAUAAAUUUCCCUUGGCUGUUUUUAGUUUUUACCAUUCAGAACUGCCAUUAUAUCAGAACUGCUGUUGGGCUAAUUCGUGGAUGAUCAUGAGAUGAUUUGUUUCAGCAAUCUGGAUUUGGCACUAUAAUCUGUACUCUUCUGUUGCUCUGUUCAUCUAGACUAAGGGCCUGAUUGGGAGAGCUUCUCCCAACUGCAGCUUCUUUCAAAAGUUGCUUCUGUCAGAAACUGCCCCAAACGGUCAGCUUCUGAG